CUCUCUCUCUCUCUCUCUCUCUCUCUCUCUCUCUCUCUCUCUCUCUCUCUCUCACACACACACACACACACACACACACACACACACACACACACACACACACUCGCUACAAACACAUGAACCCACAGUGGAGCUCGCAGUGGAACAACAGGGUGGGAGAUAACUAGCGCACAUCGCGGAGCUCCGGUGCGGGCAAGACCGACACAUCCUCCUCUUCUUCUUCUUCUUCCUCCUCCUCCUCCUCCUCCUCCUCAUCCUCAUUCCUCUUCCUCCUCGGCCGGGCGGCUGAACGGGACUUAACGCACCCGCGACACACACACACAAAAAAGAAAUCUAUUAAGUUGAGAGGAUGAUUUGACAAGGAUGCCUUGAAGGGAAGCGAGGCAGAAAAUGGAUAACAAAGGGUGGCGUUCACCAACACUCGGACAGCUGUCCCGCUGAAGUUGACGCCAGUCAAGUCUACCUUGAGGAUACUAGAUGGCGGCCCACUUCUGCUAAUCUGUGGGAGAACUUUUCACACCGAGCCACGUGACAGGCCACAUACAGUACACACUGGCUUCUGGUUUCUGGCUUCUGGCUUCGCUGCCACUGAAGAGUCUGAGUGAGCUGGAAAGGAAGUGAUCAAACAUUUAAGAGAGGAGAGUUGAGGCUGUAACUGAGAGGGAAAGAGCGAGAAGCAAGAGCGGAGACUCUUACCGGACUGACCUGUCCAUCACAGCCUCAAACGUACUCAUUACCAUCUCUGAACUGUUUAUAUUGUAAUAAUUGUUAUAAUACAACCAGUAAUAACAGAUCAUAAAGACUCUUUGCUGGAUUUUUUUGAGCAGUGGAAAUCUUGCUUAUUCUCUCCUCGCUGCUCACUGAUUGAAACCACUACCUGGUUAAUCAAGCACGCCGCAGUACUAUUUCUGAAUGACCCACUGCUUGCAUGAGUAUCCAGGAUUGCUUUUGACUUCGAAGAAGGACCCUUGAGCCCUCAACGAUCUUCUGACUGUCUGCCCAACUGUAGCAUUUGGGCGUGGAGCGGAGGUUUCAGAAUUAGGCCUCUGGACGCUUGUUGAAGAUGACUUGAGUUGGCAGGCCUAAAAGCCCCUUACCCCAGAGAGAGAAAGAGCUCGGCAGUAGGACACACACACAUACAACACACAAAUGUGGGUGCCGUGGCGGCUUUGAGCCAUGCUGGUGCUGCUACUCGUGGAGCCCUGGAGUACAGGCUAUCAUCAUCCCUAUCAUCAUUCACCAAAACUGAGGAAGAUUCAACGGCCCCGAGGAGCGAGGCUACACUUCUGAACAGUUCAGAAAAGCGCUGGGAAACUGAGCUAACACAGAGAGAGAUCUACAGCUACAUCCUCCAUCACACAGACAGACACAGUAAUACCCCUCUCCACAAAUCCUUGAUACAGGAGAAACAAAGCUGCGGCGGACGUGAAAGGCACAGAGACUGAGCAGGAGCUGUGCACCAUCAUGGCAGCUGAGAGUCUUGCUGAGCUCCGCGAUUGGCUCUUUCUGCUCCUCCUGUGCCUCACCUUAUUGGCUGAGGUGCUGGAACUGGCGGCAGCGGCAAUUGCCAUGGAGACAGGCGAGGGAGAUGAGGGCAUUGUUUGUCCCUCAGUGUGCCGCUGUGAUGAAGGUUUCGUCUACUGCAAUGACCGAGGCCUCAGCAUAAUUCCUCCACUUCCGCUGAUGGCUGCCAUUCUCUACUUGCAGAGCAACCGCCUGAGUAAUGCUGGGCUACCGCCCUCACUGGAACGCAGCACUUCCAUACGGGUGAUUUACCUGUAUGCCAACCAGCUGGAUGAAUUCCCUAUACACCUCCCACCUUCAUUACGAGAGCUCCAUUUACAGGAUAAUAAUAUACGAACGUUACCGAGAUCAGCUUUGGCGAAGUUACCAUUACUAGAACGUUUACACCUGGAUGAUAACUCUAUAUCUACAGUUAGCAUCCAAGAGCGAGCUUUUUCUGGGACUCCACGGCUUCGACUGCUGUUUCUGUCUCGGAACCACUUGUCAAGCAUUCCAGCGGGCUUGCCAGCAUCCUUGGAAGAGUUGCGACUGGACGACAACAGAAUCAGCACCAUCCCCACGCAUGCCUUCCGUGGGCUAUCCUCCUUGCGACGCUUGGUCCUGGAUGGAAACCUACUGGCCAACACACGCAUAGCAGAUGACACCUUUUCCCGUCUCUCCAACCUGACGGAGCUGUCACUGGUCAGGAAUGCCCUGCAGUCUCCACCCGUUAACCUACCAUCGGCUCACUUGGUGCGACUCCAUUUGCAAGACAAUGGAAUGACUCACAUACCACGUGGGACACUGGAUGGGAUGCGGCGACUACAGAGGCUUGACCUGUCAGGAAACAAUCUGACCACUAUCCCACGAGGACUUCUGAAGGACACCGAUAGCCUAGAGCUGCUGCUGCUGCGAGGAAACCCCUGGUACUGUGGCUGCAACCUUCGGUGGCUCCAUGCCUGGCUGCACGGCCGGGGGGCAGCGGUGACAGUCAGGGGUCUGACCUGUCAGGGGCCUGAGCCUGUAAGGGGCCAGACCCUCAGAGACCUAACCUCCCUGAUGGAGCAGUGUGAAGGCCCCCCAGCUGGUCCCAGUACCGGAAUGGGGGUAAAUCCAGCAGAGAAAGAUGGAGGAGGUGAAGAUGGUGUUGGAGGGGGGCAAGCAGUGGCUUCAGUCCCCCAUGGCAGCACCACCACUUCCUCUCUGCUGGUCCCCACACAAGGCUCCCUCUUCACGCUGCGAGCCAAGCGGCCGGGCCUUGUUAUGCCGCUGCCUCCCGGUGAAGGGGGGCAGGUAGCUGGAGAGGCCCUGGAGCUGACUGUAAAACCUCUCUCUUCCGACAGUGUACUGGUAAGCUGGCUGUGCCCCCAGCCAGCACCGUCUUUUCGCCUGUCAUGGCUGAGGUUGGGCAGCAGUGCAGCUCUUGGUUCGAUAACAGAGACUCUGGUACCUGGAGAGAGGAGACAGUACCUCCUUACCCAGCUCACCCCUCGCUCCCAUUACCUCAUCUGCUUGCUGCCACUACGGCCGGAGCCUUCCUUUGGGGGUUCCAGCAUGGGUUCAUCAAGAAUUGGCAGCAUGGACACGGAUAAUAAAGACUCGGCCCCAGCCUGCGCUCAGAUAGAGACUGGAGAGGCUCUGGUCAACUCAGGAGGGGAGGGGUCAGAUAAAGAGGGACAGGACUCUGAACUAACAGCCCUGCCAUUGGCUGGGAUCAUAGGGGGUGCCACAGCAUUAGUAAGCCUGCUGUUAAUCUUUGGCAUCUUCUGCUGGUAUGGACAGAGAGCAGGUUACAUGUCUGGGGACUCGGGCUCAUACAGCAGGGGUCGGGGUGGCAAACAGUAUGAUGACUAUGUAGAGUCAGGUACCAAGAAAGACACUUCCAUUUUAGAGAUCAGGGCCCCUCCUGCAGGGUUUCAGAUGACAGCUAUGGCCCAUCAGCCCCUACAGCCUAAGCUGGAGGAUGUCACCUAUAUCCACACCAUUUUCCCCUCCUCUUCUUCCUCGUCCCAAGCUAAUGGGACCUACCGGAGCAGCCAAGGAGCUGGCAGUCUCAAUGGCACCAUCCUCAGCCAAACCAGCCACCAUCAUGUCACUUAUGGUACCAACCGUGGCUACAGAGAGGGGGGCAUCCCUGACAUAGAUUAUGCCUACACGUGAUGAUACAGGGUCAUGCUCCCUGAGCCACAGAUGCCAGGCGCCAUUUCUGCAAUGACGACCCCUUGGCUGGUGGCCAUUUUGUCCUUGGUUUCCAAAGUACCCUCUGUGCCUCUGCUGGUUCAAUUCUGAUUGGUUUUACUAGGUAGAAAAGACUAAUUUCAGCUGUGUUGAUUGGACAUUACUAUUGAGUGACAGAAUUAAGUCCUACUAUACUCUAAUACUGUAUACUGCAUUAUACAGUAGGCCCUUCUUUCAGCGCUACUUAUACUUAUAAAUGGUUACGUUUUCUCUUUUGGAUAUCUCAGUGUCUUUCAAACCUACUGUUCUUCUCAGCUCAUAAUAAUACACAGUAACUUAUUUGAGGUUGAUAUACUAGGCUUAGCUGAUUUAGCAGGGGAUAUAUUUAUAAUAUGAGGAAAAGGCACUUGAUGUGUAUAGAGAUAGCUCUCAUAUCUUCCAACCAACUGUAAGCUCUGUGCUGUAUAGAUAAAAGGAAUGACAGAGGGAGAAAUCAAUGGUUGUUAUAACCCACAGAUGACAAUGCAUCAUGGUUGACAUGAAAAGAUGUGUUCCUAGCCCCCUCCUUUCCCUCUAGUUUACUCCCCUCCUUUUUAAUUUUUCCUCCUUUCAGCCUCCUUUUUUUUUGGCUGAGGCUCUUUCCUUUUAUUUCUCUCAUCUUUUGUGGUGCCGUGAGCAGAGGACGACUUUGUUCUCGCCAAGGGAGCUGACAGCAGUGAUAACAGUUCUGACAGAGAUGGGAGACACAAACCACAGCAUAGGGAGACUAAUGAGAGGGAAAGAAAAAGACCUAGAGAGUGGUGGUGGGGGUGAUGGAUAGAUGGAUGGAUGGAGGGAUAGAACAUAAAAUAAGACAAGAGGAGAGACAGAGGGGUGCUGUUUUGGGCACUGAGAGAGGUGUGUUGGCUUAAGGCAGAGAGCGAGGGACAGAAAAGGAGGGAAAAAAGGAUGAUGAGUCGGAAAAGGGCGUGUGACAAAUGCAGCAGCAGGAGGUAAGAUAGCAGACAAAAGGAAAGGAAGAUGGGGGCUCGAGAAGGGUGCAGGCGGGGUAAAGAAGUGGGGUGACAACUGGAAUAAUGUGACACUGUCAUCCAAAAAAUGGCUCAAGUUUUACCCACAGUGCACCCACCACUGCACUCACAGUGAUAAGAGGCUGCACACGUCCCUGCCUGUGAUCACUGAACAACAGUUUCAGGGCAAUCUCUGCCUUAUGAAUGAUGUACCUUCAUCAUAACACGGACCUAUUUUUAAUGCAACAUAUCAUGAUUUCAGAAAUGUUUGUAGGACAGCAGGAGAGGCUUGGCAUGACAAUCAGAGAAAAAAACAUUUUAAAAAGUAAAACGGUGGGGAUGAGAAGAACGGCUAUUAAAAAAAUCUCCCCCCUCAGAAUACAGAAAACGUGCUGCAUGUACCCAAUUUCUGUUGUGCUCUGGUCUCAUUAUUAAAUUACCUUUUCAAAUGAAGAGAAAGAAACCUAAUCAUACAUCUUAUUAUAGAUACCCAUUAUCUUCUAGAGCCUGGCUAAACCUUCUUAAUUGAAAAUAAGUUUUAGCAGCUAAUAGUUUUUGGGAUGGAAGUCGGUACUACUCUGGUCUAAUUACUAUUUCCUAAGAUUCACCUGGAACAAUAGAUCUUUUCAAUUUAAUUACAGAAGUUGGAGCUGUUAAUCUUGAUUUUUUGAAGUUCAAAUUACGACUUGGUUGAAUUGAGUGAGAUGGAUAAAAUUAUCUCUCAUAGUAUCUUGAAUUUUAUAUUGUAGUGUCUGGGAUAUAAAGAUUAAGAAACUGGUUAUGGACACAGUUAUAACGCAGGAUUCUCUACUUCUGGAUAAUUCAGUAAAUUAAACCCCUGGUAAACCAUAGACUAACUAUAAACACCUGACCAACUAUAGUACCACUAUAGUGACCAUAGUGUCAUAAAGAAGUUCUGCAAAUUUACUUGAAACAAAACAGCCAGACAUAUCAAAGUGAGAGCUUCCAAGAUGGAGCUGUUUGGAGCUCAACAGACAGAAAAUAAUUGUCUUAUUAACUAUUUUGGUAAACGAUUAAUUAUUGAAGCCAUUUUCUGAGCAGAAAAUUCCUCCAAUUCCUUCCUUAAGCCUCCAAAUUGUGUCCUUUUCUUGGUUGUAUAAGAGAUUCAAAUGAAAAUUUAGGAAUAUUACAAAACCACCCAGGGCAGGAAAGCGAGACAUUUUUCAGAAUACUUCCUGACAUUUCAUUGACCAAAUGAUUAAUUAAAUCAAUCAAAUCAAAUGUUUAAAAAAUAAUUGAUUAAUUAUGCAUUUUUUUACGGCAUAUGCCAUCAUAUAUCUAAAUCAUUUGGAGUAUUUCAACAGCUUUACUGUAAAAGUCUGACGUUUCAAAGUCUGUCAGAUGCAUUCUGCGAGGUCAAAGUACAUUAGUUGACUCAGGUCAUCCAGUUUUAUACAGUUCUGUUGACAGGGAUCACAGCCUUACCGCUACACUGUGCAGUUCAAUACACAAACAAGCGUCAGGAUAGUGAGGAGGAAGCUGCAUCACCUGCUUUUCUGACUGCCUCUCAAUGACCCCACUAAUAUACUUUAAGGAAGUAGGAACUUCAAAGGGAAAUGUGAGCAAACAGCCAGAGAUUAAAAGAGGAAGAGGAGCGAGUAGAGAGAAAUCAAGAGUAGGAGGAUGGCGAGGACUGAUAUAUAUAUACAUAGAGCCUUUGAGUGUUGAAACCCAUUCUUACUUUCAGUAGCUCUCUCUCUCUUUUCCAACCUGCAUUACUGUGAAGCAGUAAUAUUGGAAGAGCUCCGGUGUGGGUUUUAAUUUUGAUUUUAUUCUGCAUUUGUUUUUUGUUUUUCUAUUUUUUUUUGUAAGAGCACUAAAGCUUCUUUUUCAAUCUGUGCAGAAAUCCUUUUCCUUUAAAAAUGUCACCCUCAGAUGUGAUAAUGAAUACACUCUUAUGUAAAAACAUAAAAAUGGGUGGAAAACGCUAUUCCAUUUAUUGGUCUGUCGUCUUUUUUUCUACACAGAUGAAUAAAGACU